CUCCCUCCCGGGGGCGGCCGCCCGCGCCCCCGCACCUGGCGCCCCCUCCCUGAAGGGCACGCUGUCCUCCCGGGCCGGCCCGCCUCCUUCCCACCCCCGCGCUCCUAACGGUAGCUCUCCGGCCCUUGGAAGCCCGGCCCAGGCCCCCCACCUACCCCCGCCCUCAUCCUCCGCCCGGGGGCCCGGGACCCUGAUGCCCGGUUCUCCCCGGAGAUAUCCACCAACGCGCCUCCGGUUUCUUAUCGGCCUGAACUGGGCCCGGCGGGUCUUAAAGUCCAAGCUUUCCGUGACUUUUGGCUAACGUGGAAACCUCUCCUCUUAACCACAGCACUUCGCUUGGGUCUUCGCCUAAAUUUCCUUUCAGCGAGCGACAUUAGUGCUUGGUCAUUGGGGUCUUCCUCCCGGUUGCCCUGCCGUGUGAAACACCUUAGUCUGUCCUGUCGCCAGGCUGGGCCCUUCCCAGCCCAUCUCCCCUGAUGCAGCAGCUCCCCAGUCACGGCCCCUCACACUUUGCCUUUUUUUUUUUUUUUUUUCCAAGUUAACUUUAAAAAGACCCUCAUCUCGCACGUCUUACCCAGCCAUUACUAGAAUUCCCAGUGAGCGUACAGGUCUGGUCCAUCAUAGGGCCGGGCCUAGCCCCGGGGAUAGAUGCUCAACCCGUACUUGUUGGCCGGCUCUUUCUUCCACCCACCCCAGUCUCACUCCCCUCUUGCUUCUCAUUGCUGCUUUUCCAGAGAUCUGCCUCCAGAGCCUUUCUGCAGCCCGAGAGCUGACACGCGGUUGCAAUCUGGCCCCCGCCCCUUGGCUUUGCAACUGAAACACCUUGGGUACCAACAGGCUGGUCCCCUUAGCUUCUCACUGUGUGGGAGUUUGCUCUCUGGUCCUUCAUCGGUACCGUUCCCUGUGCAGUCCCAGGCCACCCACCCUCACCCCAGCCUCAGUUUUAUUUCCUAGAUGGUAGUUCUAGUGUGUCAUUGGGCAGGGAUGGAACAGAUCUGGACUUUGUGUGGCUGCCAUGGCGGGGACCAGGGACCUCGAGGGGUCCCACGUGGUGAUUACAGUCAAGUGAGUUCUGUUCUUAGACUCCUGGCCUGUCUUUCUCAGCCAGCGGAUGUGUCAGUGUUGUCUGUGGUUUGAUGGAUUAAAGGACCCCAGUUUGCCCUGGCUUUUACAUCUGUAGUUGGAGUUUGGGAUAGGAAAAAAAAAAAAAAAAAGCCCCACUUUAGAGCAGAGGAGGUGAGAGGUGGCUACGGGAAGGAUUUUUUUUUAAGGUUUUUUUGUUGUGUUUUGUUUUUUGAUGUGGACCGUUUUUCAAGUCUUUAUUGAAUUUGUUACAGUAUUACUUCUGUGGUUUUUUUUAUGUUUUGGUUUUUUGGCCGCGAGGUAUGUGGGAUCUUAGCUCCCCAACCAAGGAUCGAACCCACAGCCCCUGCAUUGGAAGGUGAAGUCUUAACCACUGGACAGGCGGGGAAGUCCCUAUGGGAAGGAUUUUAAAAAUUCUAACGAGAAAUUAAAAAUGGUUUAAAACUCACAAAGUGUGCUUGUGAGUUUGGGGUGGCUCUUGCUGCACAUGUGCCCCUUCUCCAGUCUCAGGUAGGGUGUCAGAGACGUCAGCGUCUCGUAUCAGGGCAGCUGCAGCCUUCCUUCCUUGUUUUCUCUGCCUGGAGCCCAAGACUGGACAAAUGGGCAGAAGGGAUCAAAUGAGGUAAAGUGUGGAAGUGUUUAGAAAACUGUUAACUACUAGACAUGCCGCGGGGCGUUGUUAUGAUGGCUCAGAGGGCAGAGCUGGGAAAACUGACCAGCCGGGAGGAACAUGGGCUUGCACCUCUUUUUAAGCCUCAAGAGUUCUCCUACCCCGCAUGGAGAAUCUUUCCAUCCUGAGGAAGGGUGGAGUCACCUCCAACAGGCUUGGGGCUGGGUGGUUGCUCAAAUGUUGGGGAAUUUGGUAUUGUACUUCUGUUAAUAGUGGUACCUUCCUGUGCCAAAGCACAUUGCUCUGGAUUGGGGCUAAUUUUCGCUGUGAUGGAAUGAGGAAAUAACGUUCUUAACUUAGUGUGUACUGGGACUGCCUAUUCUCUGGAUUUUUUCCUUCUCCUGUGAGUUCUGAACCCCAGAGAAUAGGCUCCUCUCGUGUUCCCUCAAGCCUGUCGUGAGCACCCAGGACCAGUGUGUGUCCUCUCCCUUGGACUCCGGCAGGGGGCAGUCUUUUAAGAGCAGUAAUUCAGGUGCUCGGGGAGUGAGGGUAUGCUGAGGCUUGAGAAGGAGAAGGGGGCGGGGUGUGGAUAGAUGAGGCAGACAGAUGCUGAGAGGUGGGGCCUAAGCACAACACCCUUAGGUCAAGUAGCCAGGGAGGGAUGCUGUCUCCGUCCGCUGCCUGCCACCUCCUGCUCUUUCCUUCACUGGAAGGGGAUCCAAAUGCUGGGCUUUCAAAGUUUGUGAUAGACUUAGAACAAUUUUGUUUAAUCUAUUCUUUUCCUGAGGAUUUCCCUCCUGGCAGGAUUGCAGAUUUCUUUCAUGGACAGUGUAAUUAGGGAAUGAUUUCCUUGCUCUUCAGAGGCAGGAGUAAAUUUGGAGUAAAUUUGGUUUCUCUUGUCUUACAUUCUUCCCAAUAAGCGGACAACAGGCAUGAUUACCUCUGUCUGCGGCACACAGGUGGGUUUCUUAACUGUGCCCCUGUUGAUAAUCUGGGCCCAGAUGACUCUGCGGUGAGGGCUGCCCUGUGCAGCGUAGGAUGUUUAGCAGCAGCCCUGGCCUCAGCUCACUGGAUGCCUGUAGCAUUUCCCAGUCACACCGACCACAAAUGUCCCCCGAUAUUGCCGGAUGUGUCCUGGGGAGCAGAGUUGCCCCCAGUUGAGAAGUGGUGGCUUUGACGAAGCACGUGGGAAAGACGCACGCCUGUUUGGAGCUAGAAACGGUGGGGCGCGUGUGUGCUGCUCGCAGGCGAAGGGCCAGGCAGCCACCGGCUUCUGGGACCCAGGCCUCCCCUGGCUGGGCCCGCCUAGAUGCUUGACCUUUCUCACCGGCCGCUCCUCCACUUCCUCUCGCCUGAUUGCCUCUCUCUGUCUCUCUGUCUCUCUGUCUCUCUCUCUCUCUCUCUCUCUCUCUCUCUCUCUCUCUCUCUCUCUCACUCGCCUCCGCAGUUUCCCUGCUUCUCACGCCUGGAGCCAGCGUUUUUUCUCAGUUAGCUCCUUACAACCGGGACAGAAGGGUGACGGCUGAAGUGGGAAGCGCCUGGCAGCCAGCCGCCUUUGCCACUCCCUGGAGGGGUGGGAGGAGUUGUGGAGUCUUGGAGCCGAUGGGAACUGUGGAGGUGCUCCGGUCCAGCCUCCACCCCAGCCAGUGAGGGUAGCCCUUGCACGGCUCCCUCAGACCCUGCCCUCCCACCCUCUGCUUGGAACCACCAGGGAUGCGCCGCCUCCUGAGAGCCGCCUCCGCUGUUCCUUAGAGGGACGGGUCGCUGCUGCCACCACAACCGCUUCUGUCAGCCUCAGUAACUCUGACCUUAUUCCUGCUUUGUGGUGAGGGAGCCUUAGUCCUAGCUUGUAUCACGGUAACGUCGUUCCCUUCUUGGCUCUCUGUCCUUACGAUCGGGCUCUUCCCGAUCCCAGGGACCGGGCCUCGGUGUUGACUCCGGUCUGGUGAGUGAGCCCUGGGCACGCUGGCUGGAGUGGCUGGCCGCGGCCUUCAGCGCACCCCAGCCCGGGCUCUGGAAUAGCCCCCGCUCCCCUUGUACUGGGUCUCUCCCCAGACUGGGUCUCUGGAUUCUAGCUGCCAAGCGGCCAGACCUGAGUGUUUUCAGGGGAGAGGAAAUUUUGCUCCCAGAUAAACUUCUAACCCUCUUCAUAACUGGCCUUUUCUCUCUCUAGAACAUUUGGGACUCCAGUGGGUUUUUUGCUUGUUCGUGUGUGUGUUUUGUCUUUGUCCUAAACAUCCUCGUGUACCCCAGGCACCCCUUACCGAACGCUGGGCCACUUGGCGAGAGUGUUGAGCUGUCGGGAGGUGCCUGGCGUUCUCUGCCACAGCGCCAGCGCCUCCGCCGGGCUCUGCCGCGUGAACUGGCCGCUCGGGGCUGGUGAGCGGCGGCCGGGGCCUCCUGCGCUCCGUGACCAGCAGCCUCCAGGCAGCUGUGGGCCUUCUUGUUACGCAGGAUGGCGGAGGGCUGGCGGCAGGGAGGUCUGUCUGACUGUUAAUUUAACCCCACUUGCUUCUCUUCGCCCCUCAAUAAGGAUCUUUCCCAGACGUGAAGGCUCCUCCCCGGGCACUGCUCUGGUCAGACCAACAUCCAGUUGCCUGGGGACCCCGGUUCCCUCCAGCACAGGCCCUUGCCUGGAGAGAGCCCGGCCCCUGCCCUGCCUGCUUCCCUGGGCAAGGCUGCCAGGUGUUUGGAGAGUGAACACCAGGUACCCCCCCCCCCCGCUCAUCCCCUCGACCUCUGGGACACGCCCGGCUCCACAAUGGCAGCAGAGACCCUCAACUUUGGGCCUGAGUGGCUAAGGGCCCUUUCCAGUGGUGGCAGCGUGGCCUCCCCACCCCCAUCCCCCGCCAUGCCCAAAUACAAGCUGGCCGACUAUCGCUACGGGCGAGAGGAGAUGCUGGCCCUCUAUGUCAAGGAGAGCAAGGUCCCUGAUGAGCUGCGAGACAAGGAGUUUGCUGCGGUGCUACAGGAGGAGCCGCUGCAGCCCCUGGCGCUGGAGCCUCUGACCGAGGAGGAGCAGAGAAACUUCUCCCUGUCAGUGAACAGUGUGGCUGUGCUGAGGCUGAUGGGGAAAGGGGCUGGUCCCCCCCUAGGUGGCGCCUCCCGUGGCAGGGGCAGCACGCGGAGCCGAGGCCGCGGCCGUGGUGACAGUUGCUUUUACCAAAGAAGCAUUGAAGAAGGCGAUGGGGCCUUUGGCCGAAACCCCCGGGAGAUCCAGCGUAGCCAGAGUUGGGAUGACAGAAGCGAGAGGCGGUUUGAGAAGUCGGCCAGGAGGGAUGGAGCGCGAUCCGGGUUUGAUGAGGGAGGGGCUGGCCCGAGGAAGGAGCAUGCCCGCUCAGAUAGCGAGAACUGGCGUUCUCUCCGAGAGGAGCAAGAGGAAGAGGAGGAGGGCAGCUGGAGACUUGGGGCAGGACCCCGGCGAGAUGGCGACCGCUGGCGCUCUGCUAGCCCUGAUGGCGGCCCCCGCUCUGCUGGCUGGCGGGAACAUGGGGACCGGCGUCGCAAGUUUGAAUUUGAUUUGCGAGGGGAUCGAGGAGGGUGUGGUGAAGAGGAGGGGAGGGGUGGGGGGGGCAGCUCUCACCUCCGGAGGUGCCGAGGGCCUGACGGCUUUGAUGACGACAAGGAUGGGCUCCCGGAGUGGUGUCUGGACGAUGAGGAUGAAGAAAUGGGCACCUUCGAUGCUUCCGGGGCCUUCUUGCCUCUCAAGAAGGGCCCCAAGGAGCCCAUUCCUGAGGAGCAGGAGCUCGACUUCCAGGGUCUGGAGGAAGAGGAGGAAGAGCCUUCCGAAGGGCUGGACGAGGAGGGGCCUGAGGCGGGUGGGAAGGAACUGACCCCACUGCCUCCUCAGGAGGAGAAGUCCAGCUCCCCGUCCCCACUGCCCACCUUGGGCCCACUCUGGGGAGGUAACGGGGAAGGCGAUGAUGCUGUGGAGAAAGACCUGCCGGCAGCUGAAGGAGACGAUAUGAGGGCAAUGCAGCUGAGUCCUGGGGUGGGCUCACCCCCUGGCCCACCUGGAGAUCUGGAAGAUGAUGAAGGCUUGAAGCACCUGCAGCAGGAGGCGGAGAAGCUCGUGGCCUCCCUGCAGGACAGCUCCCUGGAGGAGGAGCAGUUCACAGCCGCCAUCCAGGCCCAGGGCCUGCGCCACUCUGCAGCUGCCACCGCCCUCCCCCUCAGCCAUGGCGCGGCCCGGAAGUGGUUCUACAAGGACCCACAGGGGGAGAUCCAAGGCCCCUUCACGACACAGGAGAUGGCGGAGUGGUUCCAGGCGGGCUAUUUCUCCAUGGCCCUGCUUGUGAAGCGGGGCUGUGAUGAGGGCUUCCAGCCGUUGGGUGAGGUGAUCAAGAUGUGGGGUCGUGUGCCCUUUGCCCCUGGGCCCUCACCACCCCCACUGCUGGGAAACAUGGACCAGGAGCGGCUGAAGAAGCAGCAGGAGCUGGCGGCAGCCGCCUUGUACCAGCAGCUGCAGCACCAGCAGUUUCUGCAGCUGGUCGGCAGCCGCCCGCUCCCGCAGUGUGCGCUCCGGGAAAAGGCGGCUCUGGGGGACCUGCCGCCGCCGCCGCAGCAGCAGCUCACCGCGUUCCUGCAGCAGCUCCAAGCUCUCAAGCCCCCCAGGGGGGGGGACCAGAACUUGCUCCCGACGAUGAACCGGUCCUUGUCAGUGCCAGACUCGGGCCCCCUCUGGGACAUACAUACCUCAGCCUCAUCACAGUCAGGCGGUGAGGCCAGUCUUUGGGACAUACCAAUUAACUCUUCGACUCAGGGUCCAAUCCUAGAACAACUCCAGCUGCAGCAGAAAUUCCAGGAGCGCAGAGAAGUGGAGCUCAGGGCGAAGCGGGAGGAGGAGGAGCGCAAGCGCCGAGAGGAGAAGCGCCGCCAGCAGCAGCAGCAGGAGGAGCAGAAGCGGCGGCAGGAGGAAGAGGAGCUGUUCCGGCGCAAGCAGGUGCGGCAGCAGGAGCUCCUGCUGAAGCUGCUCCAGCAGCAGCAGGCGGUGGCUGCCGUCCCCGUGCCUCCUGCGCCCAGCUCCCCGCCCCCGCUGUGGGCCGGCCUGGCCAAGCAGGGCCUGUCCAUGAAGACGCUGCUGGAGCUGCAGCUGGAGGGCGAGCGGCAGAUGCAUAAGCAGCCCCCGCCUCGGGAGCCUUCGCGGGCCCAGGCUCCCAACCACCGUGUGCAGCUCGGGGGCCUGGGCGCCGCCCCCCCGAACCAGUGGGUAUCUGAGGCUGGGCCGCUGUGGGGCGGGCCCGACAAGAGCGGGGGCAGCAGCGGCCCGGGGCUCUGGGAGGACACCCUCAAGAGCAGCGGGAGCCUGGCCCGCAGCCUGGGCCUGAAGAACAGCCGCAGCAGCCCCUCUCUCAGUGACUCGUACAGCCACCUGUCGGGUCGGCCUGUGCGCAAAAAGACGGAGGAGGAAGAGAAGCUGCUGAAGCUGCUCCAGGGCAUCCCCCGGCCCCAGGAUGGCUUCACCCGGUGGUGUGAGCAGAUGCUGCACACGCUGAGCGCCACGGGCAGCCUGGACGUGCCCAUGGCUGUAGCGAUCCUCAAGGAGGUGGAAUCCCCCUACGACGUCCACGACUAUAUCCGUUCCUGCCUGGGGGACACGCUGGAAGCCAAAGAAUUUGCCAAACAAUUCCUGGAGCGGAGGGCCAAGCAGAAGGCCAGCCAGCAGCGGCAGCGGCAGCAGGUGAGGUUUCACAGAGCCCCGGCCAGAGGCGGUGAGGGCGCCCAGUGCUCCCCUGACCCCCCCUCCCUCUCUGCUGCUUUGCAGGAGGCUUGGCUGAGCAGUGGCUCUCUGCAGACAGCCUUUCAGACCAACCACAGCACCAAACUUGGCUCGGGGGAGGGCAGCAAGGCCAAGAGGCGGGCACUGAUGCUGCACUCGGACCCCAGCAUCUUGGGGUACUCCCUGCAUGGACCUUCUGGUGAGAUCGAGAGCGUGGAUGACUACUGACCAGCCCGUCCCACCAGCACCCCGGGCCAUAGGCCAGGGGCAGCAGCAGCGGCUUGGACCCCCGGGUCCCCGGCCUGCAGGCUCCCCACGAGGAGCCUAGGAGGAAGCAGGGGCAGGGUCCCCGGCACUUGUUACAAACCACACGAUGCACCUUAACUCACCCACCACGAGGCACUUUACAGAUUGGGGGGAAGGGUUGUUUUGUUUUGUUUUGUUUUUGUUUUUAAUUUUAAACAACAUUGAAGAGUACAUUAGGAGAGACAAAAAAGAAUUGUUAAGAAGUAGACUCUAAGCACUCCCUUUCCCUUUUAGGGAUAGGGGGAGUGACAGUGGAAGAUCCACAGAGGUUUUCAUUUCGUUAUUUUCUUUUCCUUUUUUUUUUUUUUUUUUUUUUUUUUAAGAAAAAAGAAAAACAAAAAAAAAAACGGUUAGGAGACUGAAAGAAAAAACACACUGUUAUUUUGGGGCAGUGGGGACACGGGCCCCACGGACCUGUCCUGCCUGGCCCCCGAGGCUACACUUACCCUCCCUGCCCCACACGGCGGGGCCACUGGGGUAACUGGAAGCUGGGGUGCCAGCAGUUUGCACAGCGAGGCCCCCUCAGCCCCGCCGGCCGGACCCGCUGUGAACGGCUCCCUUGUUGCUGUGACUGUGGCAGAGGCGUCUGAGGUGGGGGCCAAAGUAGCCCCUUGGCUUUGCUGCUUCUGGGGAAAGUUGCACAAAUGGGCCAGGCUGCCUCAGCGCCCCAGGCUGCCACCCUGCGCCGGCUGACGGUGGAUGGGAGAGGGCCGGCAGUGCCAACCUCAUCUGGCUGUCGGGCCGGCGGAACUUCCACUCUGGCCCUGGUGAGGGGCUUCCCCCUCCGCUGCCAUUCGGGGGGCCGGCCUGGGUGUGAAGCUGAAAGUCCCAGCUCCCUGCCUUGCCACAUGAAUGUAUUCUCUGGGCCACGAGCCCCUGCUGCGCCCACUGCCUCAACCGAGAGAGGUGGGGGCGGAGCAGUUCCUCCAGGAGCUGGAGAGAGAGGCGCCACUUAAUGACUGUUGUUCCUCCUGUGAAGGGGGUAGGCGAGGGGCCAACGAGGCCACGGGAGUGGGCCACUUGGGGCUUUGGGUUGCAGUGUGGGGCUGUUAGAAGGGAGCCCCCCCCCCCACCUGCAGCCAGCUGUGUGGGAUACGGACCACCCAGCUCGGCCCUGACCCCUCCAUUGACCAAAUGGGAGAGGAGCAAGCGGCCUCUCCCCUCCCUGCUCCCCUCAUGUUUUUAAAUGUUGGGUAGGGUGGGGUGUCAAGAAUGGGAGUGUCUGUUUCUCCUGGGUCGGGGGUAGGCUGCCCUUCACCAACUUAUUCCCAAUCACGUACCUGGGUUUGUCUCCAUUUGGGUUUUUUUUUUUUUUUUUUUUUUUUUUUUUUUAAGUUUGUUGUAUCCUGGAUUUCUCAUUUAACUUCUCCCGUGGACCUCAUUGCUCAGAGCGCAGUAUUAGGGCAAGAUCCUGCCACUGCCUCCCCUCCAUGAAUGUAUUUAUUCUUCCUGCCCUGGGGAGAUGGGGAGUGGCCCCAGUUUUCUUUCCCCAUCUAUCCCCAGAGAGGUUUUUUUUUUUUUUUUACUUUUUUUUUUUUUACUUUUUUUUUUUUUUUUUUUUGCACCAAAGUGGCAACUGGGUCAGUGUUGGGGGAUAAAGCUGGCCUCGGGGGUGGAGGGGCCCCCUCCACCUGCUUCUCCCUGGUUUCAACAGUGUUAGCGUCCGUGAAAAGACAAUAUUCUCUCUAAAGCAAUAAGGGGGUGAUGGGCCAGGGGGAAAUGUCUUGCUGCUGCUGGCCCCCCAGCUCCCCCUUUCCUCGAGCCAGUAUUUGGCGGCAUUAGAGGUGUUGGGGGAGUACUGUUGUGACUGAAUGUAACUGCCCCCACCCCUGCCGCAGCCAAUGCAGGGGGAGGGGGGAUGACACUCUUCCCCGUCUCUUCCUUCCCCUCCCCCCCACCCCAGCUAAAGAGACUUUGAAUUUAGGGGGCCCUUGAGCCUGGAGAGGCCUUAACCCUGUGAGGAAGUGUAGGGGGAGCCCUCUCCCACCCCCAUCCCCUUCUGAGAGUGGUCAAUGUUUACAAGCCCCUGAGCCCCCCAGCCCAGGGACUCAGGCCCCUUGCUGUCCUUCCCCAGCCCGUCUUCCUGGGCCCCGGCUGCUCCCCCGCCCUUCCUGGGGUUAGGGUGGGUGCAGGGGUCAUUCUGUAUCCUUGUCUGCCUUGUACCCACCAUCUCCCCGACCUGUGUGACUCCCUUCUCGUCUACCUGCCUCUGUAAAUACUCCGCUUCCCCCCAAUAAAACUUGGUGUGUGUUCUCCCCUUCUGCGUCUGAGUUGUUUCUUGGGGUGAGGGGAUGUCGGGAACGAGAGGCACAGCUCAAAAGAGCUGGGAACUGAAAGAGCCACAGGCAGGGGGCGGCUGUGGUCGGCCAGCCUAAGCAGGCCAGCCUAGAAAUGGGAGGGCUGUGUGUGUGGAACACCUGUGACCUGAGGGCCAGAGAACGUCCUCCCACCGGUGACUCCGCUUCUGGCCGAGGGGGAGUGGUGGUCCCCACCCCACUACUUGGAGCC